AUGCUAUACGGGACACCGUUACGUCUACUUGGCGAGUUUUUUAAUCAGGGAGAGUACACCGACCCAGGUACCUUUAUGAACAAGUUCAGGCAGCAGAUUAAAAAGAUCAAGCUUGUACCAACGGCGCAUCACGCUAGGAAAAAGGUUUUCGUUCAUAAGACGUUGUACGAAUGCACUCAUGUAUUCGUAAGAGUUGAUGCUGCCAAGAAGCCACUGGAACCGCCAUACGAGGGACCCUUCCUCGUGUUGGACAGGACAUCGGAUGAUGUGUUCCGAAUUGAAUACAAAGGAAAACCAACGAUGAUCAGCGUGGAGUGGCUGAAGCCUGCGCGUGUCGAAACCAAUUUUGAGUCAAAGAACGCGGAACCAAAGACAUAUAUCCGUAAAAAGACUGUUAGAUUCGCGGUUUAG